AGGGCUUUAAUGAAUGCUGUUAGUGUUUGUGAAAGCUAAUGGUCAGAGGAUGUGAAGGAAAACAAUAGAAAGUGCAUUGGCUGCUUCAGUGUGACCUGAUUAGCAUUUUUCUUGAUUGAGGUGACUGUUUCACCUUGUAUGUUCAUCCCAGUAUUUUUCAUCAUCUCUUGCCACUUGUUUAUAUUCAGAUGACAUAUGAUUUGAAAAAGCACUUUUAUGUAUGUGAAUGCAGUCCCUCCCAAAAUUUGCUUGCCAUAUGCAGGAAGAGCAUAUGUUUCUCUAAUCUUGGUUGGAUGCACAAAUCUUCUUUUAUGUGCAUUGCUUCGUGCCCUGUUGCCUAGACGAUCACUUGCUUUCAUUGAGGAUGUCUGGCUCUCGAAAAGAGUUUGACGUGAAGCAGAUUUUAAAAAUCAGAUGGAGAUGGUUUGGUCACCAGUCAUCAGUCCCUAAUUCUGCAGUGGACAGCCACCAGGGAGACUUCUGGAACAGAGGACAAAAUGCAACUGGUGGGACAAAGUUUUUAGAUCCAGGUAACCUACCAUUACCUUUGGUAUCAAUUGGUUACAGAAGGUCUAGCCAACAGGAUUUCCAGAAUUUGCCUCCUUGGCCAAUGGCAUCCACCUCUGAAGUCCCUACAUUUGAGUUCACAACAGAAAACUGUGGAGAUGCACGUUGGCUUGGCAGACCAGAAGCAGAUGAUGGAGCGAGUGAAGAAGAAAAUGAAUCGGACAGCAGUUCAUGCAGGACUUCCAACAGCAGUCAGACUCUAUCAUCUUGCCAAACUAUGGAGCCUUGUACAUCAGAUGAAUUUUUUCAGGCACUCAACCAUGCUGAACAAACCUUUAAAAAGAUGGAAAACUACCUGAGACAUAAACAACUAUGUGAUGUGGUAUUAGUUGCUGGUGAUCGCAGAAUUCCAGCUCACAGAUUAGUUCUCUCCUCUGUUUCGGACUACUUUGCAGCCAUGUUUACUAAUGAUGUAAGAGAAGCAAGACAGGAAGAAAUCAAGAUGGAAGGUGUAGAGCCAAAUGCACUGUGGGCUUUGAUUCAAUAUGCAUAUACAGGUCGCCUUGAAUUAAAAGAAGAUAAUAUUGAGUGCCUGUUAUCUACAGCUUGCCUUCUCCAGCUCUCCCAGGUUGUGGAAGCGUGCUGUAAGUUCUUAAUGAAACAGCUUCACCCAUCCAACUGCCUUGGAAUCCGCUCUUUUGCUGAUGCACAGGGUUGCACUGACUUGCACAAAGUGGCUCACAAUUUCACCAUGGAGAAUUUCAUGGAAGUAAUUAGAAACCAGGAGUUUUUAUUAUUGCCAGCCGCUGAAAUUGCAAAGCUUUUGGCAAGUGAUGAUAUGAAUAUUCCUAAUGAAGAAACUAUACUGAAUGCACUGCUUACUUGGGUUCGACAUGAUUUGGAACAGAGAAGGAAAGAACUUAGUAAGCUGUUGGCUUACAUUAGGCUACCGCUGCUUGCUCCACAGUUUCUGGCAGACAUGGAAAAUAAUGCCCUCUUUAAAGAUGACAUUGAAUGUCAAAAACUCAUUAUGGAAGCAAUGAAAUACCAUCUGUUGCCCGAGAGACGACCCAUGUUGCAAAGUCCCCGCACAAAGCCUAGAAAGUCUACAGUAGGAGUGCUGUUUGCAGUUGGAGGAAUGGAUGCAACAAAAGGAGCUACGAGCAUUGAAAAAUAUGAACUGCGUACCAACAUGUGGACUCCUGUAGCAAAUAUGAAUGGGAGAAGGUUACAGUUUGGAGUUGCAGUAUUAGAUGAUAAGUUGUAUGUUGUUGGUGGUAGAGAUGGACUGAAGACAUUGAAUACUGUGGAGUGCUACAACCCCAGAACAAAAACUUGGAGUGUAAUGCCACCUAUGUCCACACAUCGGCAUGGCCUUGGGGUAGCUGUAUUGGAAGGUCCUAUGUAUGCUGUAGGAGGGCAUGAUGGUUGGAGCUACUUGAAUACAGUUGAAAGGUGGGAUCCACAGGCUCGUCAAUGGAACUUUGUAGCCAGUAUGUCAACUCCAAGGAGCACUGUUGGUGUAGCAGUAUUAAAUGGAAAACUUUAUGCAGUUGGUGGUCGGGAUGGAAGUUCUUGUCUCAAAUCUGUGGAAUGUUUUGAUCCUCAUACUAAUAAAUGGACUCUCUGUGCUCAAAUGUCAAAGAGAAGAGGAGGUGUGGGAGUAACUACAUGGAAUGGGUUCCUGUAUGCUAUUGGUGGGCAUGAUGCUCCGGCAUCAAAUUUGACAUCCAGACUGUCAGACUGUGUGGAAAGGUAUGAUCCAAAAACAGAUGUGUGGACUGCAGUGGCCUCCAUGAGCAUGAGCAGAGAUGCAGUGGGAGUGUGUCUCCUUGGUGACAAAUUGUAUGCUGUUGGAGGUUAUGAUGGGCAAACCUAUCUUAAUACAGUGGAGUCUUAUGAUCCCCAAACGAAUGAGUGGACACAGGUUGCACCCUUGUGCCUAGGAAGAGCUGGAGCAUGUGUUGUGACUGUAAAACUCUAAUUAUUUUGUAUAUGAAGAUACUAGUCUCUUCCAUAGACUCACUACGUUUUUCUCAAGUGAAUUAAUACGUUACCAGUAAACAGAGAUACUGUGUGUUUUCUUCAGAGCUAAGUGUUUGAUCUUAAGAUAGCAUACAGGUAAACAAUUUUGAAUGGACCAAUAAUAAGCACUUUUUAAAAAAAUUACCUUAUGUUACCAUAUACAUACAAGAACUGUAUUUGUAAGGUAUUGUACUGAGGCCAGUUGAUUGCCAACAAAUACACCUCUACCUCGAUAUAAUGCUGUCCUCAGUAGCCAAAAAUCUUACCAUGUUAUAGGUGAAACUGU